AUGUCAGGUUACAUAAGAUUCAUAUGAAAUUUAGAAAUAAAUAUAAUUAACAACCUUUCAGCAACAACAACAAUCUUUAACCACUGAAAUGUUCAGUGUUAAAAAGAAACGCGAUUUUACGAAUACUAACAACAAACGAUCCAUACAUAAUUCCAAUUCGUGUCCAAAAAUGUGCAUACUAAAAAGUCUAUGCAAAACUGAUUGCUUGCUCGCAUGUUGAAAGAAUUGACGCCAAGAAUGCAGUUCGAUUUUUUCGCGCUUUUUAUACAUCUUUCACUCCGAACAAAGCUCUGUAUAAGCAGCAACUGCUUUGUAAGAUUUGGAAACUAAUUUAUUUUAAAAAGACCUGAAUCUUUCGAAUUCAAGUCAAGUUUAUUUUUCCAACCAGUAAAAAAUAUCACAAACAUAAAUUACGACACAAAUAUAAUUUACACAGUUUUACUGAUUCGGCUUCGCUAACCCAUUAUAUUAAUCCGUGGGGUGGGUGGGUUCAAUUUUCACGCCUAUGACGUUAUCCAAAUCUCCCUUUUCUAGCUUCAUCUCACAUGCGCCUUCCAUAGGCCUAUAUAUAAGUAGCUGACCGCCUGACAAUUCAAGAAAUUUAAUACGGACCUUAAAAGUAACGUUUGAAAGACCAAUGCAAAUUGACAUUACAUGCUCAUAUUGUCGCCAACAUCAGACAUGUCUCAUGCUCCCUCGUUUUCUCUGAAUUAGAUCAGUUCAAAGAAAUCAUCUCUGACAAGACGCGUUAGUCAUUGGUUAUUGAUUUGAGCCCGCAAUACUCGAUAACUUGACCUAUAUAUAUGCUACAUUUGCCUACAUAGGUAAGCAAUAACAAUCAUAAUAUACUGACUGAUAACUGAUGCAAAAUCAAAUACGACAUACAAAAUUGUGGUCGCCCCACACUACAAAAUGAAUGCGAUCUCGUCUAUUGUAUCGUUUUGAAAUAUAGUUCAGACCAUUCAUUGUCUCGCGGAUAGUUUCAACUUUAUCAGUGCUGCUGCGAAUUUGUCAAGCAGCUUUGCUUUCGCAACUUUUGUUUACACAGGAUCUUGUUGACUAUAUACCGGAUUAAACCAUCAAACUGGAAUAGGCCGCCGCACAAUAACAUUCGUGUACAAUGCAUUUACGGUCGCGUACAAAGCGAUUAAAAUGACAUCUACAUUUGCAGGACUUAAACUUACUGUUACUGUAUGCUUACAUGGGAAUAUUAAUGAAUUAGGAACGAGUAUAUGCAUGGGUAUUACAGGUAUUCAAAAGUAAAAAUACGGAUGUAACUGUUCAAUGGACUUCCGUGUAUCGAUGGAGGUCUGCAAACAUUGUGCAAUCAUUUCAUCAGAGGAUUGCGGAUUAAAAAUAGGCAAUACAAGCAAUCGGAUGCCGAUAAAGAGAGUUGUAUUUGAUACCACGGCGGCGGAUUUCACGCGAAAUAGAUUACGCAUGAUUGCAAUUGGAAUGGUCCAAGACUACUACAGAAUAAUGGGUGUUACUGUAGCACGAGGUCUAGAGCCAUUUGUUACCUAUCAGGUGCAGUCUGAGGACUACUGCUUCCCCCAGGAUCUGCUGCCCUGUAAACAAGGGAGCAAUAUGGAGUUCCUAAAUCAGAUUCCUCCACUAUCUGAUCAAGUUGACAUUGAUUGAGGGCAAUUCAAAAUGUUGUAGAGUU